UGUGGCAAAUAGAUACAAAAUUUCACAUAAUUUGUUUCAUUUUUUUCACCCACGAAAAACGCACAACUUAGGUACUUGAAGAAAAUGAUAUUUGCAUAAACACUCAUUGACCUUUCUUUGCAAAAAAAAAAAGCAACUUUCUUUUCGUAACUUGUUUGUUUUAACUUAUUUUGUAAAAAUGUUCGUAGCUCGUAUAUUAUUCUCAGACCUAAGACAUUCCUGCGCGUGAAGGAUUCCGAGUGCCCUUAUAAAUCUCUCCUGACACCUUUGUAAACAGUGUACAUUUUCAGAAAACUCUCACAUGAAAGAUCAUUUGUUCUUGCAUGGCACCAAAUCUGUAUUUCUUUCUGAGCAUAAUCCCAAAUCCUGAAUAUUUAGGAAUAUAUGUCUACGUUUUCCUUGAUAAUUCGUUAUUUAUUUGAUGGAAAAAAAAAACAUUUUCGCAUAGCACACACUUUCAUUAAAAACACUUUCGAUCAAAGUUUGUUAUUUUUUUAUAAAUAUACAUAUAAUAGGUUUGAUUCUUGUGCAGUUUUAGCAUGGCUUUCCACAAACUUUUAGAAUUUAGUUACAGAGAGGGAUUAAAAAAAAACAAAAAACAAACCAAACCGAUGGCGAAGAGGGACUUCUUUCAGGUUACAUUUCCAGGCAGAUAAUUCUUGUUUUAGACCGUCAUUGUCCUCGGACAACAAGAAGAAGAAAAAGAAAGGAAAAAAAAAGACCCAGAAGUUUUCCCAGUAUGAAGGUCUCUUUUCUGAAGUCUUCCUCAACAGAGAGCUGAAAAGGUAUUAGAACCGAAGAGCGACAAAAGCAGCAGAGGCAGGUUCAUCCAGGGGACACAUUUCAGCCGCAAGGACUGACCCCAGCACCCCGUGACCCGCCGGACAGGCAGCUUUUUCUCUCCCAGGCGCUAUUUUUGUUUGGAUGAGGGGGAAAUAAGCCAGUUGGACUGUUUAAAACAAAGCCAAACGGGAUUCACAGUAAAGGGCCAGUCAGUUCCACAGUCCUGCUCGUAUUUUAACAGUAUUUAUAUUACCACCCCUCCCUCACCCUGUCGAGAAGGCUCUGAUUUGUAUGUUGUCGUGUUGCAUUAAUCAAUAUGCAAUUUUUUCAUCAAUUUUUAUUUUUAUUUUUGUAAAUGCUUUUUACCUUGUACGGUGCUUUGAAAUGUGAGAAGUAUAUAAAAAUAAAGAUUUCUACUGAUUAUUCAUAUGAGUAUUUGGCAAAAAAAAAAAAAGGUUCUUUCUCCCGGAUGCUUGUUUGCUUCAAGCGGCAAAGACAAACAAAAGACAGACUUUGAGGAAACUACGCUUCCUUAAUCUAUGGGGUAUAUACGAUCUUUGUGACUGUUUAAAAAAAUCUGAGGCUGUGUGUGUGUGUGGGUGUGUGUGUGUGUGUGUGUGUGUGUGUGUGUGUGUGUGUGUGUGUUUUGCGUUUUCGCAAGUUUGAAGCAAAGCACGUGGAGCAUUUUAGAAAAAAACUCACAAAUGGAGCAAUUGCGCGCUGCGUGGGCUUAUAUGGCCUUCCCUGAGAAAUUAUGACUUUUACCAACAGAGAAUGUUUCACUUGCACGAUGGCGGAAAGCUCUGUCUUGACACAAAAGGGGGUUCACUCUUUUGUGUUUUUUGUUUUUAGGUGUGAUAUUUGUUUUUGCGAAUAAGCUCUUCGAGUGUUUCACGACACCAAGCGCAGGCGCGGGUUAAGAAAGGACAAACUGCAACAUACAUAAGGACUUUUAUUUAACUUAGGUUAGACAAAGAGUAUAUAGAUUUGCAACGAAUAUUUUAAGGAAAGGGUCUGGGAAAGAUUGAGAAAGACCUAAAAAUAUUCAAGGAGAUCAUAUUAAACAUUUUCAGACUUUUAUUUGUAUAUUUUUAUAUCCCAGAUGGAAUUAAAAUGAAAAAAAAAAUCAAGAGAUGUGAACACUCAACAAUCCAAGACAGUGAUUAAACUACAUAAUAAUAUCUAGGUAAAGCCCCCAAUAACCACAACAAAUAUUCAGUAUGAUCAAGUGAAAAGCCCGGUUUGCUCUUAUGAACUGGAGCGCAUGCUGUGCGUAAAGAACUUCUUCGUUAGUUGUGCACAUUUAACGCUCUUGUUUCCGCAUUUAUUCCCAAAGUGAAACGUUACUUGAGACUUACAAUUAAAAUUAAUAAGAAUUUUCACUUUAUUCUCUCCAGUUAACUAAAACCCAGAUAAAAAAGCAAAAACAAACAAACAAAACAAACAAACAAAAACAACUCACACACAUAUCUCUCCAAUACAGCUGUGACUCUUUUUCUUUUCCACCAUUACCAUACAAAGACACAGAGCAGAAAUGCAUACUUUAUUUGAGCUGUGGCUUUAUUGGUGAUGACUCGCUGCAGCGGUGACCUCCGACCCCCCACACUACAGAAUCAGCUCUGAUCCAAACAAAGCGGCCAUGAACAGACAUGUGGAAAGACAAUCCGCAGCCACACACUUUUUCCCCAUCGCUCUGUAUCGUCUCGAUUGGGUCAUGCUCACAAACUAUAAUGUGCAAUGCAAACAUGUCAUAAGCAUGCAGAGGUAAAGGGAUGCAUGCAUCUCGGGGACUUAGCAUGCCUUAUUAGUCUAUUAGCAUAACUGUGAUGGGAGUGGGUUUCAAUUUAUGGAGGAAUCCCUCCAUACAAUCUGCAGCUGCUGGAAUCGCAACAAGAAUUGAAAAUAAAACGCCCCUCAGUUAUCAGGUCAGAGCAGCCUACUAUACUAUACAGCGUGCAGCCACACUGACCUACAUGUCUGAACAGCAAUAAAUGGGAGCCAAAGGCAGUGCCAUUUUCAAUGACACUGCACCCAGUGCACAGGAACAGCGCCGCUGCUCUCCAUCCGGCCAUAUUUGAUUUCCAGCUGUUGGUUUCGCAGAAGCUUCUUUGAGCCAGACAGGCAACCGACCAACCGACCAACCAACCAACCAACCAACCAACCAUCCUCCCCCCCUUAAGAUAUAUUAAAGUGCGCCGUCUGCAUUCAGAGAUAUAAUCCAGAGACUAUACCACUCCGCUUCUCUGUUCUCCAACCACGUGAUUGUCUAAAUAAUUAAUGCAGCACGUCCCCCUAGAAACACGGCGUCGUCAUUAAUCGCAAGGACUCUAUCAGAGUUGAAAACUGAAGAGAUCCCCCCUCCAAAGAAAAUAAUAUCCGAUACUCGGCGCGACUGUUAGCGGCGGCUCUGAACCGAUGGAUGCUCGGAGUGGCAUGAUUUGCUUUCGGUUCCUCAGAAGUGCUGGAAGUUUGGACAGCCUGACAGUUCUGCCUCCUUGUAAAUCACUCCCAGUAAUUCCUGAAAGGGUGCGAGCGAGCCUGUCUGGGGGGCCGGCCGAAAACUCGACGACAACCCGCCGCUAAACCAAGCAGCCAGCCUGCGGCUUUGAAAUCCUCCUCUGCUAAUCCAGUCGCGAUGGAGGCGGUGAUGAAUGUGUGAGCGACAUAAAAGAGAUCUGCGUAGAUUUCGCUCACAGACUGGAGCAACUGUGGGAAACACCAAUCACGUGAAUAAUCAACACCCAUUUUGUGGCUUUGAAUCCACAAAAUGCAGAAGGCAACCUACUAUGACAACUCUGGACUGUUUGGAGGCUACACCUACCCCAAACCAGACUCCUACAGCUAUGGUCCUGCUCACCAGUCCUAUCCUGCUCCUAACAUUGACACUGAUUACCAAGGCACUGUGUGUCCUAUUCAAACCUCUACGGUCAGGCCACCUCCAGCCCUUAAAGACAGUGACCUGAACGGGGACUGCAUGCGGCAAAGCAGCAGUCAGAGCAACAACAACAGCAGCAGCAGCAGCAGUGGCAGCAGCCAAGCGAACAGUAUUUCUGAGCAGCAGGUACCCCCACUGUCUGCUGCCUCCCCGAGCUCCAACAGCUCCACAUCCCAGAAGAAGAAGUCUCCAAACAACAGCGCGUCGGGCCCGGCCACCCCGGCCCUCACCAAGCAGAUCUUCCCCUGGAUGAAAGAGACCAGGCAGAACUCGAAGCAGAAGAGCAACACCAACUGCGCUGCUGCAGGUAGAGAUCCUGAUGGUGGGGAGGUGAGUGAUGAGAAAAGCCCGCCCGGACCGGCCUCCAAGCGGGUCAGAACUGCUUACACCAGCGCGCAGCUUGUGGAGCUGGAGAAGGAGUUUCACUUUAACCGAUACCUUUGUCGCCCACGGAGGGUGGAGAUGGCCAAUCUGUUGAACCUCACCGAGCGUCAGAUAAAGAUUUGGUUUCAGAACAGGAGGAUGAAAUAUAAAAAGGACCAGAAGUCAAAGGGGCUGGCGCACUCCCCCAUGGGACACUCCCCGGACAGAAGCCCGCCGCUGAGCGGGCCCAAUCACACCGGAUACGCGGGCCAGCUCCAAAACGUGAACAGCCUGAGCUACGACGCGCCCUCGCCGCCGCCCUUCGCCAAGCCCCAGCAGAACAUGUACGGCCUGGCCGCGUACACGGCGCCGCUGGGCGGCUGCAUCCCUCAGCAGAAGCGGUACCCGGGCUCCGAGUACGAACACCACAGCAUGCAGAGCAACGGAGGCUUCGCCAACGCCAAUUUGCAAGGCAGCCCCGUGUACGUGGGUGGGAACUUUGUUGAUUCCAUGCCAGCCUCGGGCCCCAUGUUCAACCUCGGCCAUCUCCCCCACCCAUCAUCCACCAGCGUGGACUACAGCUGUGCCGCUCAAAUCCCAGGAAACCACCACCACGGACCGUGUGACCCCCACCCCACGUACACAGACCUCACCUCUCACCAAGUUUCUCAGGGAAGGAUUCAGGAAGCGCCUAAGCUGACGCAUUUGUAAUAUUAUGACGUUUCUUGUGCGUGUGCGUGUGUAUGUGUGAGUGUGUGCGGGUGCGUGCCAAAUUACGUUGCGCUCUUUUUUAUUACCUCACUAGACUAUUAACUAUGCUCCGUGUGAGCCGUGUGUACUAUGACAGUAUUAUUGAUAUUAUUAUUAAUGCUAUUGUGUAAUUAUUUUCUAAAUGAUGCAGCUUUGUCCAUUUCUCUUAAAAUUUGGAGAAGCUCUAGCCUGAUUGUUAAUAGUUAUUUUGUUGUUUUCUUUCCCUUUCGGUUUAUUCUCAAGUGCAAUGCGCAAUGUUUGACUGAAUAUUUCAUGCCGUUACUUGAAGGUAAGUCUUGUAGAUCACAAAAAAGUAGAAGCUCAUCCUUAGAUGGAAAGAUUUUUAGGGGGAAAAAAAGAAAAAAAAAUGUCUGCUUGGAUCUCGUUUUUCCUCACCCUAUUUAUUUAUUGCGUCAUUAAUUUUUGCAUAAUCCCCGGCACUAUAGCAUACAGCCUAUUUAAUUAUUUAAUUGCUUUUGUAUUGCACAUUAUUUAUCGUUUAUUAUGCGAGUAUUUAUAAGUGUGGAUUUCCGUUGCCAGAUCGGACAGAGCGGUGCACUUGUUGGGCAAAACAGGGUUUGUGUAUUUUUUCAGAAAUGCUACCAAGUAUUGAUGGCGGAAGGAGCAUUUCUAAUUGUAUAAAUCUGAGACAAAUGGGGGCAUUUUACAGCGAGUGAACAUGUCCACGGCUAAUCUCGUGUCAAAACCUUAAGCGAAACGUAGACUAUCGAAAAAUCAAAUAUUACGCACACCAGCAUGUCAUUUUGUGUAGUCCUUUGCGUUUCGUUUUUUUGAUGUUAUGAUUCUUUGUCUUCCAUUGUUAUUCCAUUCAGUUGGACACCCAUAAAUUUAUGAAACCCCAAUGAUAUUGAAAUGUUAUAUUUUAUUGUGUUUAACAUUUUGUAAAUAAAGUGCUUAAACUUG